CCUUUUCUUUAUCCUACUCUAGUUUUUUUCAUAUUUCAUGAGCAUUGUAUAGGACAAUUGAGCGCUUUUAACUAUUAUUUACAUUUAAUAAAAAUGUUCUACAACUGACUGAUACCAAAGUAGCUGUUCGACGGAUCGAGCUGAAAUUUGGCACACUAAUAAUUAUUACGAUAUAGAGAUUCGCUGAGAAUCGAUUUUGAAAAUUCAAACCACUAAGGAGGUUAAAUAGGAGAUGAAAAUCGGGUGGUAAACUAAUAAUUAAUAGAAGUACAAAGAUAUGAGAUGAAAAAAAAACUUUUGAAGUUAAACGGUUUAAUUGUAAACAGAAAAAUGUGCCCCACGAUUUUAUUUUAGUCCAAUCAAUGCAUAAUAUGUUUAAAAUUUGUAUAUUUCAAAAACGUCGUCUUUUAUUAUAGGUAAUUUAGAUUAGUCUAUAAAUACAUUGCAUUGUUAGGAUUUUAUGUGAACAUAGAUAUCUCCACAAAACGAGUAGUUUAUGAGUUACUUUAUUUUGAAAAUGUAACAAUGUAUACAUAUCAGUAACCAUGAUUGUAUUCUUUCAUUUAUUUUUUAGCGUUUAGUAACAUUUAUCUGCAAAAAUUUUCUGUUUCCAAUAAAACCGUUUAACUUUAAAAGUUUUUUAUUUUAUUUUGAAGUUUUUAGUUUUUAUUUCUUAAUGUAUUUAAUUCGUCGAGUGCCUCAUUAUUGAAAGGUUUCUUGCCAGUUAAUUUAUUGCAGUCCAACUGCUCAAUACGUAAUCCCUCCAAAUAUCUCACUCUACUAAGGGCCACGUAGGCUUGACCUUCCUCAAAUAGUUUCGCGCCCAAGUAUACGACUGCGGGAUUUACAGUGCUGCCGUGCAUUUUGUGCACCGUGGAAGCCCAUGACAAUAUUAAGGGCAACAUUCGUCUUUCAGCCGUCCCGUAAUUAAACUUGGCUGGAAACUGUAUGGCUUUCGGGUGUAUAAGAUGCCGUCUCUUUCAAAGUCAAUUCGAACCAAAGGUACGUCUGAGUUCGACGAAAUACGAUUUCGUUGAUGUAUCCUAUAGCGCCAUUUACUAACCCCUUUGAAACGUCCAUAUUGGACCGCAACAUGACAUACAAGAUCUUGACUUGGGUGGGAGAUUCUAAUUGUGAUUUUGUAUAGUGCACUAUAUUAUAAUUUAUAACAUUAACAUAUGUUUAUAACAUAUGUAUUAUAAUUAAGCCCUUUAAUUUGAUAACCAUAUUGAUGGGAUUGAAUAAAACUAUAUUAUCCGCCAAUUUGUAGCGGUGGCCAUCUUUGAGUUAGGUUUUGUAUAGUGCACUGUGUUUUACUUAACAAGUCCUUUCACUUGAUACCCAAAUUGAUGGGAUUGAAGAAAAAACUACAUUAUUCGCCAUUUUGUAGCAGCGGCCAUCUUAAAUUUUAAUUUUGUAUAAUCAACUGUAUUCUUCUUAACAUGCACUUUCAUUUGAUAUCUAUAUUGAUGGGAUUUAAAAAAAAAUAAGUUGUCUGCCAUUUUGUAGCGGCGGCCAUCUUGAAUUCACAAUAAUAUUGAAUAUACAUAAUUGUAUUGUCACCAGAAUCAAAGGCGUAUACCAAAUUUCAGAUCAAUCAGCUGACGGAAAUAGGAUGAAAUUUCAAUUACCAAAUUUGACCCACCACGAACGAAACAAACGGGGUAAGGUAAAUAAAACCGUUUAAAAAUUAUAUAAAUUUAUGUUUAAAAUUAAAUAAAAUAUGUACUUAAAAAUGGAGAAAUACAUAUACCCGUCUAACACCCCGUAGGUUUUAAAAAUUCUUAUUUAAAGACCGCUUGGAAUCGUCCAGAAAUGAUUUUUAUUCUAAUUAAUAACUGUUUUUUUUUGUUCACAGAUUGUAACGCAAGCAAUAAUCAAACACAAAAUGAUGGAUCGGGCGAUCAAUUUACUGUACAGAAAAUAUAAUACAAACAUUGGUGUGGAGUUGCGGUGAGAGGGCAUGGAGGGCGCGGACGACCGCGAUGAGCUGCUCGAAUGGGAGGCGCUGUACGUCGGUCUCCCCCACAAUCUCACCUGGAACUCAACCGAAUGGGAGCUGCCCAGUUGGAACGCCACCGCAGUGCCUAACGCAACCUGGGGAGCGUCCGCGCCCUUCGAUACCCCCUCUGCGCUCAUCCGAGCUGCUGGCAAAGCCGUUGUUCUCGGCUUACUUAUCCUCGCAACUGUAGUUGGUAAUGUAUUCGUAAUAGCGGCAAUACUACUGGAGCGACAUCUCCGUAGUGCCGCUAACCAGUUGAUCCUAUCGCUGGCCGUGGCGGAUCUGCUGGUGGCGUGCCUGGUGAUGCCGUUAGGCGCCGUGUACGAGGUGGCGCAGCGCUGGACGCUGGGCCCCGAAUUGUGCGACAUGUGGACUUCGGGCGACGUACUCUGCUGCACAGCUUCAAUUCUACAUUUAGUCGCGAUCGCUCUUGAUAGGUACCGAGCCGUAACGAACAUCGACUACAUCCAUGCAAGGACAGCAGGACGAGUGGGAGUAAUGAUAGCAUGUGUGUGGAUCGUCAGCUUUCUCGUGUGCAUUGCCCCUUUAUUGGGCUGGAAGGACCCAGAUUGGAACCGACGAGUCUCUGAGGACCUGCGGUGUGUCGUCAGUCAAGACGUCGGCUACCAGAUAUUCGCGACAGCUUCUUCGUUUUACGUGCCAGUGCUAAUAAUCCUUAUACUGUACUGGCGGAUAUACCAAACCGCUAGGAAAAGAAUACGUCGGCGGCGGGGGGCUACGGCACGUGGAGGAGUGGGGCCCCCACCUGUGCCAUCUGGCGGUGCGCUUGUCGCUGCGGGUGGCAGCGGAGGUAUCGCGGCCGCUGUUGUCGCAGUCAUCGGCCGUCCGCUGCCCACUAUCUCGGAAACUACUACCACAGGCUUCACAAACGUCUCAUCGAACAAUACCAGCCCAGAGAAACAAUCCUGUGCAAACGGCCUCGAGGCGGACCCUCCGACGACAGGUUACGGCGCCGUCGCCGCUGCGUACUACCCCACACUAGUACGGCGUAAACCCAAAGAAGCUGCAGACUCCAAGAGGGAAAGAAAGGCAGCUAAAACAUUGGCAAUAAUAACCGGUGCGUUCGUAGCGUGCUGGCUUCCGUUUUUCGUGUUGGCGAUAUUAGUACCCACGUGCGAUUGCGAGGUGAGCCCUGUGCUGACAUCAUUGUCGCUAUGGCUAGGUUAUUUCAACUCUGCGUUGAACCCUGUGAUCUACACGGUGUUCAGUCCUGAAUUUCGGCAUGCAUUUCAGCGGCUGCUAUGUGGACGACGGACGCGUCGUCGUCGUGCACCCCCGUAGCACGUAGCUCAUCCCCUGUUCCCCACCCCUACCCGACUGACCUCGAAUAGCUCGAUACAUUAUGUUACCUUGUUACAUUUUUCAGAGAUAUAUUUACACCCCUUUACUUUUGUAUAUGAUGGAUGUGAAUACGAAUACCUGUCUAGAAAAUAAAUUAUGAAUUCUCUUUAGCCAUUGUAGUUUUAAUUAAGCCAACUAGCUAAGAAUAUCAUAACUAAUUUCAGUUGGUGAACAUAACUCGCAUAAGUGGUUUAUUAUAUUUUCACGCGCAUUGCUCACUGAAUAAAACUACUUUUAAACAGUUUUUUAUAUACGCGAAACACGCCACAAAACCGUUUAAAAGAAGUUUUAUUUAAUAAUACGCAGUACUUAAAGUUUUGAAGUGCAAUGGAAAAAUUUUCCAUUAUAUUUAUUUUUUCAACCAGUCGAAUAUUUGGAAAACAAUAUCUCGUCAAACACAACAUGUACAAAAAUGCACAAGUUUCACAACAAACAUUUCUACCGUAAAAUUUUAUGAAAUCAACGUAAACCAAGUCGAUUAAUACAGAACCUAUUUUUCUGUAAGAGCGUUUAUCCAACCUUGUCAUAGAUUUAGGAUUACUUAAUAAACGUAAUUACACCUAAUAAUCACCUAAGUACUUCUAAACCAACAAA